CUGAUUGUUUCAUUGCAUCAAAUUCGCAUCUGCAGAAGAGCGAGAGGGAGGUCCUACUCCUGAGUGAAAAAUUUUGUGUCUGCCAGCCAGUAAGGCGGUCACAAAAAACUAAUCAAAGGCACAUACGGGCUCAAAACAUUCUUCGGGUACCUACCAGAAAGCUAUCAAUCAGUCUCAGAUAACCUUCGGAAAAUCGAGUUGUAACGUAAUUCACAUAAUUCAACACUAACCGCGAUUGAAAUAUCACCAACAUGGCUGAUUUUAGUAUUGAUCAGAACAAAUUACCUGGAGUAAAAGAAGUGUGUCGGGACUUUGCGGUGCUGGAGGACCACACGCUGGCCCACAGCCUCCAGGAGCAGGAAAUUGAAAGUCACUUGGCGUCCAACAUUCACAAGAGUCGUCUGGUCCAGCAGGAUCUGCAGGUCGCCAAACGGCUGCAGGAAGAGGAGGACCUUCGGGCCAAGGCCCGCAUUCAGAGAAAGCACAAGGACAUAGAGCGGAGCGACAAUGAGAUUGCGCAGGAGAUUCAGGAGCAGCUGGUCCGGCAGGCCGAGCAGCAGCGACAGCAGGAGGAGCAUGACGAGGCCAUCGCACGCAAGCUGCAGGAGAAAGAGAUGAAGGAGGAGAGGAGGAGGCAGAAACAGCUGGAGGCCAGCAUUGAGGAGGACUUCUACGACGAUAAAGGAGCCUUCCGACCCCCACUGGACCCCAGCAGAUACUCAGAGGGUGAGCCUCCACCAUCCAGGCAGGACAGGGUGCCUCAACACAGUUCUGCAGACUCCAGUCAGUCUGAACGCUACCCUUCUGACUCCAGCAAAGACCGCUGCCAAUCAGACCCCACCAAAGACCGCUAUCCUUCAGACUCCAGCAAAGACCGCUAUCCUGAACGCUACCCAUCAGACCCCAGCAAAGACCGCUAUCCUUUAGACUCCGGCAAAGACCGCUAUCCUGAACGCUACCCAUCAGACCCCAGCAAAGACCGCUAUCCUUCAGACUCCAGCAAAGACACAUACCCUCAACGCUACCCCUCAGAUUCUACCAGGGAUAAAUACCCUGAACACUACCCCAUAGACUCCAGCAAGGGCAGAUACCCUGAACACUACCCCACAGACUCCAGCAGGGGCCAAUACCCCAUAUAUGACACCCCUAAAACAAGGCAGGAUAAAUACCCUGAUCACGGCAAACAUCCCGAAUAUUACUCCUCAAACCCCAGGGAGGGAAGAUAUCACAAAGACGAGGCUCCAGAGCACAGGAAGGGUGAUGCUAGCCAGGAUUUGCUAGCAGAGGCUAGCGGAGGCUCUGACUUCCUUCCGGAGAGACAGGAACUGCGCAAGGAGCUCGAUCCACCUGAUCCUGAAAGAGUGGUGCGCAGGAAGGAGAGACCCCCUGAGCACCAGAAGCACGCCCAGGAAAAAGAAAUUGACAGGGAGAGGGAGAGGGCAAGAGAGCACCGGCAGAAGGAGAUUGAGAGAGACUGGGAGAGGGAGAAAGAAUUGGAAUGGGCCGGGGAGAGAAAUGUGGAAAGAGAAAAGGAGAGGAUGAGAGACCGAGACAAAGGUAGAAAUGGGUACAGGGACAAGAGCCGAGAUCGGCAUAUAGAUAGAGACAAGAGCCGAGAUCGACAUAUAGAUAGAGACAAGAGCAGAGAUCGACAUAUAGAUAGAGACAAGAGCAGAGAUCGACAAAUGGAUGGGGACAAGAGCAGAGACAGGCCCAGACACAGAGACUGGGAAGGUACUCGAGAGAGGCACCCACACAAAGAAUGGGACGAUAGCAGGGAGAGACACCGGCUCAGAGACAGGGACGGUAGCCAAGAAAGACGCAGGGACAGGGACCGGGACAAUAGACAUAGAGACCCGGACGCCAGCAGGGACAGACGCAGAGACAGGGACAAGAGCAGAGACCGAGGCCUGGAUGACUCGACGCCCAACCAACGCAGGGCAUGGUCAGGGGAAGAGUGGGAAGAGUCGGUGGGCAGGCAGAGGGUUCAGUCAGGGCCCGACGAGGUGUUCGAGGAUCACAGCGCCCGGACACACAGGAGGGGGGAGAAGCGGGAGCCGCGGGACCCCCGCAAGGAGGUCCCAGGAGCGCGCUCCCACUCCAGGGAGCGAGGGAGGAAGUUGCGAGGCGAGUUUGGGUUGAGGGAGGCCACCCAGGGCAUCUCUCGUCUGGAUCUGCGGGAGCAGGAACUCAAGGAUAUGGAGGUGGCCAGAAGGCUGCAGGAACAGGAGCUGAAGGAAAGUCAAAUGGACAAAAGAGCUGCUCAGGUUGCACAAGAUGAGGAAAUUGCCCGGCUAUUGAUGAUGGAGGAGGAGAAAAAGAUGUACAAGAAGUCCAGAGACCGGGAGAAGCCCUGCGUGGAAAGGAGAAAGCAGGAGGGCGACUGGAAGCCACCUCCAGAGGAAGUAGUGCAACCCAGGACACAGGAGGACUACGAAUACCAGAGACCUCGGAACCACAAACCUGCCAGGCCGACGCCUCGCUCGCACGACUACGAGAAUGUGGACUCCAGCUACGCGUACCCUGCCUCCCCCUACGAUGCCCGCCCCUCCUCCAGACCUGAAACUGCAUAUAAAGGUAAAGGGAAACCAGCUGAACUGAAAAGGCAAUCAGACUGAAGCUCUGGUCCCUCUCUCCCAGGUUCCUACUACAGGCAGUGACCCAGGCUCCCAGCCAACCUUUCUCCAUCGCUCUUUUUUUAUUUAUUUUGUUUUUAUUUCCUUUUACUCGUCAUCGCAAGCUGUUUACAGAUGAUCGUCGGGGCAGUUCUGAGAAGGCAGUGGAAUUUCCCUACGUGCUUUGCGGCACGCCCGCUGAGGACAAAGAGGAGUUCUGAGAAGCGUGCAGCGACAGCCGAACCCCGCCCCGUCUUCUUUCGGCUCUGUGAUUGGCUCCACCCCAGGAACAACAAAAGGAAGGGAGUCCCCUGUUGAUGCCGGCACGCUGAGGAAAGGCGGGCUUUUUGUUACCUUUGCCCCGCUUUUCGGUUGUGGAGGCGUUCUCUGGCAGUGGGUGGAGUCGCCUCUGUUUCUCGGUUCGUGCGGGCUGGACGUUUGCCGACUCGAUGUCAGGCGUAGCUAUGUGUACUUCCUGAUGCCCCCUCCAUCCCCCGUGGAGCCAUGCAACACCGGUCAGCUCCACCGACUUUUAAAAGACGACGGUACCUUAGUUCCGCCAUCGCCGUACUGCCUACCCUUCUUUCCUUUGAAGGGAAACUUUUCAUUGUUUUAUCUCAGAAAAAAAAUAAUAUAUAUAUACAGUUGCAGGAAGCUUGAUGUUUCUAAUCACGUAUCUAUUGCACACCAUAGUGCUCCAUGUAACAGGUUUAAGAAGACCGUGAUGUCACAGGUAGACUGUUCCAUUUUUCAUUUUUAGGGGAUCACCCUAUGUCCUUAGCGGGCAAGGAAUGGACUCAUCUCCACGUCGCUGUUACACCAUUCCUUUGCGAGUUAAGAUCAUACAAGGACACCAGUUUCAGUGCAUACGGUCGCAUCAUGGAGCACUUUUAUUUUAACGUUUCUUUUUUUGUCAUUUCACUGUUUGACCGAGGGGGUCACAAGACAGGAGAACUGGAGAACUGAACAAUUAGCAGUUGGCCUGGCAUUGUUGAAAUGCACAAAUUGACUCAGAAACCACGUGCAUUCUCUCUGCAUUGCUGUCCUAUGUAUGUUACAGGCUAAAAUAACUUGAAUGGCAGGUAUAGUGCUGAAAAAGAAACCUUUUAAGGGAGCUCUACCCGACCAUAUCCCUGUUUGAAAUAUAGACCGGGGUGAUCUACUCAAGAGGCUUGAAAGGGUGCUAAAGCCAUUUGGUUUUUUUGAAGAAAAUAUAGAAAUUUUAUCUUGAUGAGUACGAAGUUGGCCAAGAUAUUGCAGAUGACAUAACUGGAGCUAAGGCAGCUCUGAGCUGCUACUGGAAAUAGUAUAUGACAUGAAGAAUGUUCCAGAACAUCAAGAUAUUAUCAAUGAUAUACUAUCCAUGUUAGUUCAGAGGGGGACUUCGGACCCAGUCCAACUGCAGCAUUAUUCUCGGCCACUGAAGUUAUGUUUCAUACACGACAAAAUAUCCGAAAUGCCCCUUUACGCCUCCGCUUGAAAAUGAAUCCAUGUGACCUACUGUGAAAAAUGUCAAUCUGUAUAAAGCAUGAAGUUGUACAUAUGUUCAUAAAUCAUGUCAUUGGGACACCAGUAGCACUCCAAUCAAGACUGUACAGCAGUGAGACCGAAUUUGUUAACUAAGAACUCCAAGCAGACCUAUGAGGGGACCCACAGCAAGCCAAAGCCCAUUUCCUUCUCCAUUCCUUAGACUGGCAUUAUCAAUGGAGGAAACUUGGGAGCAGUCACACCUAUUGAGUAUAUAUAUUUUUUACUGUUUUAUUGUGCUUUUUUUGUUCAUUCUGUAAAGAUAUUUUACCAUGGUAUUCCCAGCUCUGUAUAAAACAUGUUCCAGUACUUUAAAUAUCUCAUUCCCAUAUAAAUGUCUGAAAAGAUGGCCAAGAUAAAAACAAACCAUUCUGUACAAAUGCCUAAGUAAAUACAGGGUGACAUUUGCCUUUUUGUGUCUAGUAUUAUAUAACCGUAUCAUUCAAGUGAGUGAAAAUUGAAAAUGACUUGCUUAUCUCCUCUCAGUUAAUGAUUGUCAUGUAGCUGUGCUUAUAAUACAAAGGUCUGUUUUUGUGUAAAACAGCUCAUGGUCAGUAUAGCAUAGUUAAUUCCACAAGGUGGUGACAAAAGGCUGUAAUACUUGCUGAUGGAGGAGGGACCCAUUUAAAAUGGCCACUGACAAUUUCUGACUGUUUCAGUUACAAACACACAUUGUCAAGUAAAAUUGUAGCCUGUGUAUGCCAUCAAAUACUGUAACUAACAUCUUGAGUUCUUCCUUCCAUAAUCAAUUUGGAUCAGGUGUUUGUUGAGUUUGGUUAGGUCUUGAGCCCACUUGCACCCUUUCAGAUACACAUAGGCUUAUUAAUCGAAGGAUAUAUCAUAUUGUUUGUGCCAAAUGAAUCCCAUUCAGUAUUAUUUGGAUGAAAACGUACAAUUCAGUGGUUUUAAAUUGGGAAAAAUGACGAAACGGUGCAUUUGCUGGAAGGUGAUAUUCCUUCAAGUACUUUUUAUGGCGCCAUCUGGUGGGCAUAUUGAUGUCCUCCCUCUUUACAAAAUGUAUGGGAAUUGGGAAUGUAAAACUAUAAUCUAUUAUGACACCCAGUUAAAAUCAUUUCUUCAGUGCAACAAAAUUGUGGAAACAAAAAUCUGGAUAUUGUUGCCUGAAAAAAGAACUACACUGACGUGACAAUGAGCUCUAUACUUGGUAAAAAGUAUCCCUUCAUCCCACAUAUUCUUGCAUUUAUCAAAUCCUCUCACAGGAAGCACAAACAGGAUUUUAACAGAGUAUUAAAAUGUUCUUUAUUGAAAUUAGUCGGAAGGCAACAUUUACAGAAGGGAGAAAAUCAAUAUAACAAAGCUGUACUUGAAGCUCUUGGUUGUAAGCAGCACAAUGAAAUUAAACCGAACUCCAGAACUGAAAGAUAUCACAGUCACAUGUCAUCAGCCCUUGACAAUGAGUACAGUAAAUGCAAUCAUAUUUCAGAAUAUGAAAUUGUUAUAUUACAACAGCAAUUUCAGCACAAUUUGUAUUGAUGACCUGGCAGUUUUUAUUUUCAGAGAUCUGUGCACCAAUAAAUAAAUAACUUCUCAUCAGUGAUCAGACAAAACUGAAAUUUUGGUAUUUCUGAUAUUCCAAUUGAACUGGUAGAGUCUAGUGUCCUCUGAAAUGUUGGAUUCUAUGGUGGUUAAUUAUCACUGAAUGAUAAUGGGAAAGGGUAAUUUUCUCAUUUAGUGUAUACAUGCUACUUUUCCGCAUUCAGCUGUGGUUACCCACAGUAUUUUAGAAGUAUUUAAGAUUUAAGUAAGAUUUAAGACUAAUCUCAGUGUACUGUUGCACUUAAGUCAGGUUCUGCAAAUUUAACAUAAGUGCCACUGUAAAUAUCAUACAAUGGAUCACACACAAAAAAAACACAACCCAAUUCCAUUUAGUGAACUGAGAUGAAUUUAAGCUAUAAUUUUAAUGAGCUCCAUAUUCAGGCAGAGAAUUCUCCUUUUAUUCUUUAAUUUUCAAUGAAGUCUUCAAAUGGCUGCGGUCAGUCACCUGAAAAGAAGCAUUCCAACAGAUUUGUAGGCGAAGCUCAGGUUUUGGCUUGGGGAAGAGGGGAUUUACAGCUGUGUAUUGGUUCCUGCUUAGAGCUCAGGAGCCAAUGAGCAGUGUUGUCAUGCACACCGCUCGCUCUGAUACUUUUCCAUGUGCUUUCUCUCUCCUGCCCUGGCCACUGUUAGUACUGUACUGUUAGCCUACAGCUUCAUUACACAUCAUUCUACUGCUGUGAUGUACAAUUCGGGGCAUCAGUUUCCCCAAUCAAAAUAGGUGCAGUUUAAUAUUAUGUUGCCUGUAGCAUUUUUAUUAAAAUGUCAUUUCAUACUUUUAACCAUGUGAUGUGUAUGGCUUUAAUUAUCUCUGAUGAAUUGCGUGUCUGGCAGAAAAAUUGUGUGGAAAAAUGCCUUUCCGUUACAAUUGGGUGGCUUCCAUUGUGUUGAAAGGAGCCACAUUUAAAUGUGAAACUGCUCUGAACAUGUAUAUGAGCAGUAUUGUACGUAGGCACAUGCGUUUGCACAAGCACAAAUUACUGCGUUGCUGAGAUAUUGAUUCUGCUGGUGUUUUUCAAAGGGCACAUAGAAUAUGCCACUAAUACCAAUUAAAUGUGUUUCUUGUUCAUUCCGUUCAAUCAAUGUCCAUUGUUCAAUUCUCUGCCAUUAACUGUGCUGUUGCCACGACCACCCUUCGACCGUGCGAACACUCAAAAGUGACCACGGUUUUGUUUCUAAAUCCCUGUGGUAUGAAUAAUUCAAUAAGUCUGUGUCUGCUGUGCCUGGGAAAGUAAUUUAUGUUCUAUUCUUAUUAUUGACCAAUUGUAAUUUUUACAGAACUGGCGGUCCCUUUAUAUUUUUAAUGUUGAUUUGCUAUGGUGUAAAGAGUAUUUGUUAAAGAAGACUGUGUUGUUAUGUAUUGGCUGCUUAGAGCAAUAAAGUCAUGCUGCUUAGCGGAUAA